AUGGAGGUUGCAAGAACAAAACAAGGUAUUUCGGUAUCUCAGAGAAAAUAUAUUAUGGAUCUUCUCAAAGAAACUGGAAUGAGUGGUUGUAAACCAGUUGCAACACCGAUUGAACUAAGAGGCAAGUACAAAAAGGAAAAAGGGAAGACAGUUGACAAAUGUAUGUAUCAGCGGCUAGUGGGCAAACUGAUCUAUCUAUCUCACACAAGACCUGAUAUUGCAUUUGCUGUAAGGUUGGUUAGUCAAUACAUGCACAAUCGUUUAAAAGAACACUUGGAAGCUGUGUAUAGAGUCUUGCGCUAUUUAAAGAAAACACCAGGGACUAGGUUAUUGUUUAAGAAAAAUGAAGAGCGAGGUGUUGAAUCCUUCACAGAUGCAGAUUGGGCAGGAUCAGUUGAGGAUAGAAGAUCAACAACUUCUUAUUGCACUAAAGUUUGGGGGAACUUGGUUACUUGUAGGAGUAAGAAGCAACCAGUGGUAGCUCAAAGUAGUGUUGAAGCAGAACUUAGAGCUCUUUCUCAAGGAGUAUGUGAAUUAAUCUAG